GGCGCUAACAUGCCGCAGUUCAUAGGAAACAAAGAAGGGGGAAUCAGCUAUAAAAGUUGAUCUUGAAUUUUAUUUUCAGUGGCAGAACUUGUGAGGACUAGACAUUGAUGUCUCCUGAAAAAUAUGGAAUUUUGGAUGACAAGAGAUUUUUAUUUUUCCUGUGCUGGUUCAGAAAAGGAUCUGGGAAGUAAGCCUCAUUCCAGCCGGUGACUUUAGAUAACUUCAUUUUAGUUUGAGAGGUGCUGGAGAAGCCGUGGACAUUCCCCGCUCCUAAACUCUGUUCCCAGAUUCUGGCUGGACAAGAAUCACUUUUCACCCCACCCUGGUUUGGAUUAAUGGAGUAUUUGUGGUUCAUGCUUCUAAUACCUUAACUGCUGUAUCCAAUGGGACGCUUUCAGUAACACUGGCUGUUGAGGAAAACUGGACAGGAAAGGUCUUUGGAAUGUAACAGAUUGGUUUUCUGGCCCUUGAAUCUGCUUUGGACUCACUCCAGUUAGUCCCUUAGCUUUCUUGAGGCGAGUUGCUCCGAAUUGGAUGUGGGACUUCAGCAGAAGCUUUAGCAGGAGCAGCUGGAGGCAGAGGAUGUCUCAGCUGGUCCCAGUGCUGUCAGAAAGAUGAACUUCCUCCUGAACUUCUCCUCCCCACUCUGAAUUGUCUCAAAUAUUCAGUCUGAUUUCCACGCAGUUUGUGCAAGAGACUGCCGAGGUGCAUGGAUGUUGAUUGUAUGGAUCACGAGGGCUGGAUUGGAGGCUCCCUAGAUGUUCUCAGCCAUAGCGAGAGGCAGACCCCUGGAUCUUGCAACAUAAGGUGUGGUUAUCAUAAGCUAAAAAAUAUGUCCAUUAGAGGCCUCAAGAAGAAACAACCAAGGACUUUUAAAGUCAAAAUCAUAACAGUGGAUGCUGAAAUGGAGUUCAAUUGUGAGAUGAAGUGGAAAGGAAAGGACUUGUUUGAUCUGGUGUGCCGAGCACUUGGUUUGAGGGAGACUUGGUUCUUUGGCUUGCAGUACACAAUAAAAGGAAUGUGCACCUGGCUAAAGAUGGACAAAAAGGUCUUAGAUCAAGAAAUCCCAAAAGAAGAUCCUGUUAGCUUUCAUUUUUUGGCUAAAUUCUACCCAGAGAAGGUAGAAGAGGAACUAUUACAGGAGAUUACCCAGCAUUUGUUCUUCCUUCAGGUUAAGAAGCAGAUACUGGAUGAAGAAAUUUAUUGCUCUCCAGAGGCAACAGUUUUACUGGCUUCUUAUGCUGUUCAGGCCAAGUAUGGUGACUACGAUCCGAAUUUUCAUGAGCCAGGCUUUCUAGCCCAUGAUGAACUUUUACCCAAACGGGUCCUCAGGCAGUAUCAGUUGACGGCAGAGAUGUGGGAAGAAAAGAUCACUGCUUGGUAUGCUGAGCACAGAGGUAUUGCCAGGGAUGAAGCUGAAAUGAACUACCUGAAAAUUGCCCAGGACUUGGAAAUGUAUGGUGUCAAUUACUUUCCCAUUGCUCAAAAUAAAAAUCAUACGGAUCUCCUACUUGGAGUUGAUGCUAAAGGUAUUCAUAUCUACAGUAUUAAUAACAGAUUCUCUCCGAAUAAGUCAUUUGAGUGGAGUGCUAUCAGAAAUAUUUCCUAUAGUGAGAAAGAGUUAACUAUUAAACCUCUUGACAAAAAAGCAGAAGUCUUCAAGUUCUUUUCCUCCCAGCUCAAAGUAAACAAAUUGAUUUUGCAGUUGUGUAUUGGAAACCAUGACCUGUUUAUGAGAAGAAGAAAAGUGGACUCAAUAGAGAUACAGCAAAUGAAAGCACAAGCCAGGGAGGAAAAAGCUAGAAAAAAGAUGGAGAAUCAAAGGCUGGCCAGGGAGAAGCAGCUCCGAGAAGAAGCUGAGCGAGCCAAGGAAGAGCUGGAAAGGCGUCUCUUCCAGCUGGAAGAUGAAGCCAGGCAGGCCAAUGAGGCCCUGCUACGAUCCCAGGAAGCAGCAGAGUUACUGGCUGAGAAAGCUCAGAUUGCAGAAGAGGAAGCCAAAUUGCUGGCCCAGAAUGCAGCAGAAGCUGAGCAGGAGCGACAGAGGCUGGAGAUUACAGCUCUGAAGACCAAGGAAGAGAAACGCCUGAUGGAGCAAAAGAUGAGGGAGGCAGAGAUGAUAGCGGUGAAGCUGGUGAAGGAAUCAGAUCGGAGAGCAAAGGAAGCAGAGCAUCUCAAACAAGACCUGCAUGAAGCCAGAGAGGCUGAACGGAAAGCAAAGCAGAAACUCUUAGACAUAACCAGGCUCAAUUAUCCUCACACGGUCAAGUACCCACAGUACUCACCAACUGACACCAGAGAUGCCAACUUUGACAAAGGGUCUGUAAAGCUGGAUUUGAAAGACAUCGACCUCAAGAGACUCUCCUUUGAGAUCGAGAGGGAAAGGUUAGAUUACAUAGAAAAGAGCAAAAAAUUUGAAGAUCGAUUGAAAGAACUGAAGUCUGAAAUUUAUGCGUUGAAAUUAGAAGAAAAACAGUCUGGGCUUUACUGUCAUUGGAAUGAAGUGCUGGGGUCCUUGGAUCGCUCCUUAGGAAAUACCUCAUCAUGGAUGAAAACCUUUGAAACGAGGGAUUCAUUGGAUAUAAAUCUUCAAAGACCUUUCCCUGCUUACUCAUUAAAUACCACAAGCAGCUGGCCUUGUACCAACAAAACUCAACACACACUGCCAGUGGAAAAGUCAUCUUUUCAAGCAAAUUCCAGUGUGGGCACAGGGACCAGAAAACAGAUUAUAAAGGUUCAGCAGCAUGACUCGGAUGUGAUCUACAUUUGAAACCUCUCGCUUCCUUACCAGACUGGUAGAACCUGGUGACAAUCUGCUUGGCUGCUGCAAAAUGCACCUGCCUAGGACGUUUGCACAGCUCCGUGCUGACAGGCGUUCGUGUAAGAGCCUGUGGUUCUGUAGUUAGUGUGGUGCCAUUCAGCUUCCAAAGAGGCAGCAUAAGCUGAAAGCACUAAAACUGCCAGGGUAAAAUGGGUUGUGUCUUUGGGUAUAAUGGUGGAAAGGACAAUCUGGAGGAGCGUUGUGUUUACUACUUAUGCACUUUUGAAGAAAUGCUUUGUACUUCACUAAACUCUCUUCCCCCAAGUGACUGUAUGGGGUGACUAUCCGUAUCCUACUGUACUUGUGUAGAAAAGAGGUUGGGAAACUAGUGUCCAGGGGAAGAUAUUUGGGAUGAGGAAAAGCAUACAUGAGCCUCGGUGUUUAUCCACACAAUAGGUAUGUUCAGUUUUCAGUUCUGUCCAUGGGACAUGACUCUUAGAGCUGUUGAGCAUUUUAGUGUUUGCCUGCCAAAUAUUUUCCUUUUCCUUCCCAAAUGUUUUUCUAUUCACGUAAUUGAUUUGCAUUUCUCCAAGAGAAAUCUCAGCAUGUAUUUCCAGACAUAGAAGUGGAUGACUUCAAAUGCCUCUUGUAUUCCUCGGGGAAUCCUUCGUUUGGAAUGCAAAGCUGCUGUUUCUACAAUUUUUGUCUAUAUCAAACACUUUCUGUUGUAUAUCUGUAUCCAGCCAACUUUGCAUAUGUAACUUUCGCCAUUUCUGGUGGUGCAGCUCCCAAAUUAGACAAAAGAUGCUAUUGGUAUCUGCUACAGUUCAGCUUGUUUCCAGUA